CAGGUCUGCUGCUGCAUACCGAAGCCCCGCUAAAUGCAUCUCAUUCAGAGGAGAGGAGCUGAAAGCUGCACAGGGACAUAACAGGACAGCAGACUACACCAGGUGUCCACGUUGCUCUGGUAAAAGAAGAUGUCUCAACGGAGUGGACAGGAGGACCCGGAGCGGUACCUGUUUGUGGACCGGGCCGUCGUCUACAACCCGGCCACGCAGGCAGACUGGACGGCCAAGAAGCUGGUCUGGAUUCCCUCUGAGCGCCAUGGCUUCGAGGCCGCCGGCAUCAGGGAGGAGCGCGGAGAGGAGGUGCAGCUGGAGCUGGCCGAGAACGGAAAGAAGGUCGUGGUCAACAAGGACGACAUCCAGAAGAUGAACCCGCCCAAAUUCAGCAAAGUGGAGGACAUGGCGGAGCUCACCUGUCUGAACGAGGCGUCAGUGCUGAACAACCUGAAGGAGAGAUACUACUCAGGACUCAUUUACACGUACUCCGGCCUGUUCUGUGUGGUCAUCAACCCGUACAAGAACCUUCCCAUCUAUUCAGAGAACAUCAUCGAGAUGUACCGAGGGAAGAAGAGGCACGAGAUGCCGCCGCACAUCUACGCCAUCUCUGAGUCGGCGUACCGCUGCAUGCUUCAAGAUCGUGAGGACCAAUCCAUCCUUUGCACAGGAGAGUCAGGAGCUGGAAAGACGGAGAACACGAAGAAGGUGAUCCAGUAUCUGGCCCACGUCGCCUCCUCACACAAAGGACGCAAAGACCACAACAUUCCUCCCGAAUCUCCCAAAGCAUUCAAGCUCCAGGGCGAGUUGGAACGACAGCUGCUGCAAGCGAACCCCAUCCUCGAAUCUUUUGGCAACGCUAAGACGGUGAAAAAUGACAACUCGUCUCGCUUUGGGAAGUUCAUCAGAGUCAACUUUGACGUCACGGGCUACAUCGUCGGGGCCAAUAUUGAAACUUAUCUUCUUGAGAAGUCGAGGGCCAUCAGACAGGCGAAGGAUGAGAGGACCUUCCAUAUUUUCUACCGCCUGCUGGCAGGAGCUGGAGAGCAUCUCCGAACGGACCUGCUCCUAGAAAACUUCAGCAACUACCGCUUCCUGAACAACGGGAACAUCACGAUCCCCGGGCAGCAGGACAAAGACAACUUCCAGGAGACUCUGGACGCCAUGCACAUCAUGAGCUUCUCCCACGAAGAGAUCGUCAGUUUGUUGAAGGUGGUCUCUGCCGUGCUGCAGUUUGGAAACAUCAUCUUCAAGAAAGAGAGGAACACAGAUCAGGCCUCCAUGCCCGAAAACACAGUGGCGCAGAAGCUGUGCCACCUGCUGGGCAUGAACGUGAUGGAGUUCACCAGAGCCAUCCUCACCCCGAGGAUCAAAGUGGGACGAGACUACGUUCAGAAAGCACAGACCAAAGAGCAGGCUGACUUCGCAGUUGAAGCUCUGGCGAAAGCGACGUACGAGCGUUUGUUCCGCUGGCUGGUGUACCGGAUCAAUAAAGCUCUGGAUCGAACCAAGCGGCAGGGAGCGUCCUUCAUCGGCAUCCUGGACAUCGCCGGCUUUGAGAUCUUUGAGCUGAACUCCUUCGAGCAGCUGUGCAUCAACUACACCAACGAGAAGCUGCAGCAGCUGUUCAACCACACCAUGUUCGUGCUGGAGCAGGAGGAGUACCAGAGGGAGGGCAUCGAGUGGAGCUUCAUCGACUUCGGCCUGGACCUGCAGCCCUGCAUCGACCUCAUCGAGAGGCCGACGAACCCCCCCGGUAUCCUCGCUCUGCUGGAUGAGGAGUGCUGGUUCCCCAAAGCCACCGACAAAACCUUUAUUGACAAAGUGCAGCAGGAGCAGGGAACACACACCAAGUUCCAGAAACCUCGUCAACUCAAGGACAAAGCCGACUUCUGCGUCAUUCACUACGCAGGGAAGGUGGAUUACAAAGCGGAUGAAUGGCUGAUGAAGAACAUGGAUCCUCUGAACGACAACGUGGCCACGCUGCUGCACCAGUCGACGGACAAGUUUGUGGGAGAGCUCUGGAAAGAUGACAUUCAGACGUUUCAGAGAGCUUCUUUCUAUGACAAUGUGUCGGGGCUCCAGGAAGCUCCAGUGGACCGGAUCGUGGGUCUGGACCAGGUUUCGGGGAUGAACGAGACGGCGUUCGGUGCCGCCUAUAAGACCAAGAAGGGGAUGUUCCGGACCGUGGGUCAGCUGUACAAGGAGCAGCUGUCCAAGCUCAUGGCCACGCUGAGGAACACCAACCCCAACUUCGUCCGCUGCAUCAUCCCCAACCACGAGAAGAGGGCUGGUAAACUGGACCCUCACCUGGUUCUGGACCAGUUGAGGUGUAAUGGAGUUCUGGAGGGGAUCCGUAUCUGCAGACAGGGUUUCCCAAACCGCAUCGUCUUCCAGGAGUUCAGACAGAGGUAUGAGAUCCUCACUCCCAACGCCAUUCCCAAAGGCUUCAUGGACGGAAAGCAGGCCUGUGAGAGGAUGAUCAAAGCCCUGGAGCUCGACCUGAACCUCUUCCGGAUCGGUCAGAGUAAAAUCUUCUUCAGAGCCGGAGUGCUGGCUCACCUGGAGGAGGAGCGGGACCUGAAGAUCACCGACAUCAUCAUCUACUUCCAGGCCGUCUGCCGCGGAUACCUGGCACGCAAGUCCUUUGCGAAGAAGCAGCAGCAGCUCAGUGCUCUGAAGGUCCUGCAGAGGAACUGUGCUGCCUACCUGAAGCUGAAACACUGGCAGUGGUGGAGGCUCUUCACCAAGGUGAAGCCUCUGCUGCAGGUGACCCGGCAGGAGGAGGAGAUGCAGGCGAAGGACGAGGAGCUGGUGAAGGUGAAGGAGAAGCAGAGCAAGGUGGAGGGAGAGAUGCUGGAGAUGGAGAAGAAACAACAGCAGUUGGUGGAGGAGAAGAACAUCCUGGCGGAGCAGCUGCAGGCGGAGACGGAGCUGUUUGCCGAGGCCGAGGAGAUGAGAUCUCGUCUGGCCUCCAAGAAGCAGGAGCUGGAGGAGAUCCUCCACGACCUGGAGUCCCGUCUGGAGGAGGAGGAGGAGAGGAGCCAGAGCACCGUGAACGAGAAGAAGAAGAUGCAGUCACACAUCCAGGACCUGGAGGAGCAGCUGGACGAGGAGGAGGCCGCCCGGCAGAAACUGCAGCUGGAGAAAGUGACGACUGAAGCCAAGAUGAAGAAACACGAGGAGGACAUUCUGCUGCUGGAGGACCAGAACUCCAAGUUCACUAAGGAAAAGAAGCUGUUGGACGACCGCGUCAACGAGAUGACCUCGAAGCUCGCUGAAGAGGAAGAGAAAGCCAAGAACCUGAGCAAGGUCAAGAACAAGCAGGAGAUCAUGAUGGUCGACCUGGAAGAGAGACUGAAGAAGGAGGAGAAGACCCGUCAGGAGCUGGAGAAGGCGAAGAGGAAGCUGGACGGGGAAACCACCGACUUCCAGGACCAGAUCUCUGAGCUCCAGACUCAGCUAGACGAGCAGAAAGGUCAGCUGGUGAAGAAGGAGGACGAGCAGCAGCUGAUGCAGACCAGAGGCGAGGACGAGGUGAGCCAGAAGAACAACGCUCUGAAGAACGUGCGGGAGAUGCAGGCCUCGCUGAGCGAGCUGCAGGAGGACCUGGAGUCGGAGAAGAUCGCCCGGAACAAAGCGGAGAAACUGAAGCGGGAUCUGAGCGAGGAGCUGGAGGCGCUGAAGACGGAGCUGGAGGACACGCUGGACACCACGGCCGCUCAGCAGGAGCUCAGGACGAAGCGCGAGCAGGAAGUGACGGAGCUGAAGAAAAACAUUGAGGAGGAAACGAAGAACCACGAGGGUCAGAUCCAGGAGAUGAGGCAGAGACACGGCACCAUCCUGGAGGAGCUGACCGAGCAGCUGGAGCAGGCCAAGAGGUUCAAGGCCAACCUGGAGAAGACGAAGCAGAGCCAGGAGACGGCCAACAAGGAUCUGCUGGGCGAGGUGAAGCUUCUGCAGCAGAACAAGACCGAGUCUGAGCACAAGAGGAAGAAGGUGGAGGCGCAGCUGCAGGAGUUCAUGGCCCGGGUCACUGAGGGGGAGAAGGCUAAGGGGGAGCUGGCCGAGAGGACUCACAAACUGCAGAGUGAGCUGGACAACGUGUCCUCUGUCCUGGAGGAUUCAGAGAGGAAGGGGAUCAAGAUGGCCAAAGACGUGACUGGACUGGAGGGUCAGCUGCAGGACACACAGGAGCUGCUGCAGGAGGAGACGCGUCAGAAGCUGAACCUCAGCGGGAGGAACCGUCAGCUGGAGGAGGAGAAGAGCGCUCUGCAGGAGCAGCAGGAGGAGGAGGAGGAGGCGCGCAGGAACCUGGAGAAACAGAUGCUCAGCGUGCAGGCGCAGCUGUCGGAGAGCAAGAAGAAGCUGGAGGAGGACGUGGGGGCCAUGGAGGGUCUGGAGGAGACGAAGAAGAGGCUCCUGAAGGACCUGGAGCUGGCCGGCCAGCGUCUGGAGGAGAAGACCCUCGGCUUCGACAAGAUGGAGAAGACAAAGACCCGUCUGCAGCAGGAGCUGGACGACCUCACCGUGGACCUGGACCACCAGAGGCAGACCGUCAGCUGCCUGGAGAAGAAGCAGAAGAAGUUCGACCAGCUUCUGGCCGAGGAGAAGAGCGUGUCGUGUCGUUUCGCAGAGGAGCGAGACCGAGCGGAGGCUGAGGCCCGGGAGAAGGAGACCAAAGCUCUGGCUCUGACCCGAGCGCUGGACGAGGCUCUGGAGGCCAAGGAGGAGCUGGAGAGGAGCAACAAGCAGCUGCGCGCUGACAUGGAGGACCUGAUGAGCUCCAAGGACGACGUGGGCAAGAACGUGCACGAGCUGGAGAAGUCCAAGCGGACUCUGGACCAGCAGCUGGAGGAGAUGAAGACGCAGCUGGAGGAGCUGGAGGACGAGCUGCAGGGGACCGAGGACGCCAAGCUGCGUCUGGAGGUCAACAUGCAGGCCAUGAAGGCUCAGUACGAGAGAGACCUGUCCGGGAAGGACGAGCAGAACGAAGAGAAGAAGAGAGCGCUCGUCAAACAGGUGCGGGAGAUGGAGACGGAGCUGGAGGACGAGAGGAAGCAGAGAGCUCUGGCUGUGGCGGCUAAGAAGAAGCUGGAGAUGGAUCUGAAGGACAUCGAGGGUCACAUCGAGGGAGCAAACAAAGCCAGAGACGAAGCCAUCAAGCAGCUGCGCAAGUUACAGGCCCAAAUGAAGGACUACCAGAGGGAGCUGGAGGACGCCCGAGCUUCCAGAGAUGAUAUCUUCGCUUUAUCCAAGGAGAACGAGAAGAAGCUGAAGAGUCUGGAGGCGGAGAUCGUUCAGCUGCAUGAGGACCUGGCAGCCUCAGAGAGAGGGCGUCGUCACGCAGAGCAGGAACGAGACGAGCUGCAGGACGAGAUCUCCAACAGCACCUCUGGAAAGUCUGCUCUGAUGGAGGAGAAGAGGAGGCUGGAGGCUCGCAUCGCUCAGCUGGAGGAGGAGCUGGAGGAGGAGCAGGGCAACAUGGAGCUGCUCAACGACCGCUUCAGGAAGACCAACAUGCAGGUGGACACCCUGACCUUGGAGCUGAGUGCGGAGCGCAGCGCGGCGCAGAAGAGCGAGAACGCCCGUCAGCAGCUGGAGCGGCAGAACAAAGAUCUGAAGGCCAAGCUGGGAGAACUGGAGGGAACCGUGAAGAACCGCUUCAAGGCCUCCAUCAGCGCGCUGGAGGCCAAGAUCGCUCAGCUGGAGGAGCAGCUAGAGCAGGAGGCCAAGGAGCGAGCAGCAGCCAAUAAGACGGUCAGGAGGACGGAGAAGAAGCUGAAGGAAAUCUGCAUGCAGGUGGAGGACGAGCGUCGCCAUGCCGACCAGUUUAAGGAACAAGUGGAGAAGGCGGGCUCCCGGAUGAAGCAGCUGAAGCGGCAGCUGGAGGAGGCGGAGGAGGAAGCCACAAGAUCCAACGCCUCCCGGAGGAAACUGCAGAGAGAACUGGACGACGCCACGGAGGCCAGCGAGGGGCUGAGCCGCGAAGUGCACACUCUGAAGAACCGCCUCAGGCGUGGAGGUCCCAUCUCCUUCUCCUCCAGCCGCCCCUCCAGACGCCCUCUUCAGGUGGAGGGGACGUCUUUAGACCUGCUAUCUGACGACGAGCUGGAAAACAAAAUCACCGACAGCAACGCCAACGAGACGCCGGCGCCGCAGCCCGAGUAGAAGAGAGGGAGAAACAAUCAAUCAAUCAAUCAAUCAAUCAAUCAAUCAAUCAAUCAAUAACUUUAUUAAUCCUGCAAGGGGCACUUGGUUAUGAGCAGCUUAUGUCAUGAACACAGGCAGGAAGAAAGCACACAGCCUGGAUGUGGAUCAUUCCAAUUUACACCAUAAAUAGUUCAUAGCAUCAAAAUAAAUAAGUAAAUAAAUAAUCAAGUUAAAAAACCUAUCAAGAAUUUAAAAGUCUGAGUGCAGAGGGGAUGAAUGAUUUGUCCUAAAGGUCACCUAUUAUGCAAAAUCCUCUUCUUCAUGUCUCUUCUUCAUCAACAUGUGUCCCCUCUUCUCCAUGUCUCUUCUACAUCAACAUGUGUCCCCUCUUCUUCAUGUCUCUUCUACAUCAACAUGUGUCCCCUCUUCUUCAU